GAUAAAUCGAUCUAACACACCAUCUGUUAAGUAUAGGUUGGUGCGAUUAUAACCCUUCUGGGACAAACUAAAUGCACACCUUGUCAGCUCUGCACAGACUGCACUGAACUCAAUACGUCCAAUAACAGGUGAGCCCCCCUUACCUACUCGAAGCAAGCAAGCAAAGCAACCUCUCACGCUUUCACUUGUCCUAUAAACUGCCCGCAGCAUCCAUCGCGCUCUCACUCCAUUCACGGCGGGCGCACCCAACAACCAAGCUCCACUCUCUCGCUCUCUCUACCCGAGCCUGCCUAGCUAAUUAAGCUACCCAGCGAAUUGAAACCAAGGAGCUAGCUGGAGUAGCUACAAGUGCUAGAAACCCAUUUCGGAGGCAAAGAAUUAAUUGAAUUAAGGAAGCGCCAUGUUAGGCUGCUUCUCCCGGCUGCGUCGGCCGCCGCCGGCCACGGCGCCGGCGCCCGUGCAGGCGGCCGACGACGCGUCCACGUCAGCGGAGUCGACCUCCACCGUGGCCACGACCUCCUCCUCCUCAUCCGCGCCCUUCAAGAAGAACAUCAUCUCGCUCCACGCCGGUAGUAACGACGACGGCGCCAUUGUUGUCUCUGCGAAGAAGAAGGUGGACGCGACCCCGACGUCAUCGGCGCUCUCCGAGUCACCGGGGCUGUCCUCGGCCAUCGCGUCGCGGCGGUUCUUCCUGUCGUCGCCGGGGCGGUCAAACUCCAUCGUGGACUCCUCCUCGUCGGCGAUGCACGCGGUGGGGGGCGUGGCGGCGGUGCCGACGUACUCGCCGGACCCGCACGGUGACUUCCUGCGGUCCAUGGAGGAGAUGGCGGCCGCGCUCCGGCUGCGGGACGCGCGGCGGCGCGGUGACAGGGCGCGGCUCCACGAGCUGCUGCUCUGCUACCUCGCGCUCAACGACAGGGGGGCGCACAGGUACGUCGUCAGUGCCUUCACCGACCUCCUCCUCCGCCUCACCCGCACCGCCGACCUCGACGACGACGAUGAAGAAGGCUUGUAGAUAUACCAGAUCGAGCCCCGGAGAUAAAACAGUCUCUUCUUCCAAUUGAUCUCAAGAGCGUUGCUAACUAUGCUAUGCGUAGGAACAGAGUUUUUCUUUUUUGGCAAAAUGUUCGUGCCAUGCUCAGUUACCUUACCCAGAUCAUAUGCGUAUGCAUGUGCAUGUGCAUCUGGCUGUAAAUACGUCGUGUGAAAUUUCGUGGCGAAAGCCACUUUGGAGGAGUUUGUACCGUUGUGUGCGUUGCUUUUUGCUCUUUUAUGAAAGGUGUGAGCGUGCUAGUGAAGGCGGAAUAUCUUAGCUUCCACAAUCGUGUCGCUUUGUUUGCUUUGUGCGUAGUUGCGGUUUGUCUUUUUGGCCAUCUCUUACGCUUUUUACUGUGUAGGCACUAGCUUUCUGUUGGGGUAUCUAUCUGAAGGCCGGUUUGCUUUUGCAUUUGCUUAAAGCAAACAUGGUUAUGCCGUGACCAUCUUUUGUAAAUGUAAAGACAAUUCUAUUGGUUAUCA